AUGUUAAAGUCGAGCACUGUGGAUGUUGACCAUUUGAUCGCGUUCGUCAAGGCUAACGGAAUUGUUCCUGACUGGAUGAACAUGCAACUACCACUGGGCCGUAACAUGAGUCAGUGUAUAAGUGUUGUGGAGCAUAUGACGGCUGAGUCUCGUCUUCCGAAGCGCUGGUCAACAGGAAGCUCAGGAGAAUCUGCCUCAAACGGGUUGCGUGGUGGCCAUGUUGCCGGCGACGCGCAUUACCCCCGUGCAAAAAACCCUUCGACGCCAAACACGGCUACACCAGUUGCCAUUCUCCCGCGGCCCGCAAGCUGGCUAGAUCAAAGCUACAGCAUUGCCAACCCCCCGCAACGCGCGCAGCCCAAGAAGCGAGGUCGACCGUCUAGAGCUGACAAGGCCAAGAGAGACCUUCGCCCGAAUCUGCCGCCGCAUCUGGCCCCUCGCCCGUACCAGGCAACGGCGCAGCGUCCCAUCUUACCUGCGGUUGGCCCGAACGGCGAUCUGGUUCGGUCGCGGGCGCAAGCCACUUCGGGGUAUGCUUUGGGAAUGGACGAGGGAGCACGAAGCAGUAAAAGGCGAUGCCUAGGUGCUGUUGCGCAAAAGCAGCCUGCGGGUUCGAGCUCCGCCGCGCACAUUCCCGUCACGUCAAGCAGCGCACUCUAG